CUGAGUCGUGGAAAGGCUGACAGCAGGGCUGGACUGAUCCAUUCUCGAUGCAGUCCAGAGCCAGGAAGGGAGGGGGAGGAAGGAGGUGGUACCGGCACCCACAGCACCCCGAGGGCAGACAGCAGAAGACAGAGAGCUGCAGAUCGGAGAACAGGGGGACCGCACCCUUCCUUCCCAUCCUGCCUUCUAUCACACCGAUCCUCUCUGCAGUACUGGCACCGGCCCAGACACAGCACAGCGGAGAUCCGAGAGAGGCACAUUGACUCAGGAUCCUGCACCGACAUUGGAAAGUGAAGCAUUCCCUGUACAGGUGUCCAACUUCUGAUUUGGUAUGUAAU